GAAUUCUGAAUUGAUUUCCCCUAAGCUUAGGGUUUGUUUUUUUUUCUUUUUCACUAUUUCUCUAUUUUUUUUUAAUUUUAAUUUUUUAAAAAAAAUUUCCCCCAAUUUCGUUUUUAUAUCAAAAGGAUAAUCUUAGCAGAUUCUCAAACUUCUCAUCGAGAAUUUUUUUUCUUAUUUUUUUUGUCGGAAUAUUUUAUCGGGUUAAGAAAAAAAUUGGGGGCAAAAUUGAAAAUUUUUUGGAACACUAGCCUGCAAAUUGUUCUGCGGGUUGCUGAUCGGGGAUAAGGAUUCGACCAAAUAUAGAUAAAAUGGAGACUCAGCGGAUAAUGGAAUUUCCUCACAAGAACAUGGACAAACGCCCUAGAAAGAGACCUCGAUUAACAUGGGAUAUGCCUCCUCCUCUUCCACCGCCAAAGGUUCUUCCAGCAAUAUAUUGCGGGCAGGAGUUUGGAAAUGGAGCUUUCCCCAGUUACGCGUAUUCAUCUAUGUUUUAUAGGGGACUUCCUCGCAAUGGUUCCCCUCCUUGGCGACCUGAUGAUAAAGAUGGACAUUAUGUGUUUGCCAUUGGGGAAAAUUUAACCCCACGUUACAGGAUUCUCAGCAAAAUGGGUGAAGGGACUUUUGGACAAGUUUUGGAAUGUCUAGAUAAUGAAAAGAAGGAAGUUGUGGCUAUCAAAAUAGUUCGUUCCAUAAACAAGUAUCGUGAAGCUGCCAUGAUUGAAAUUGAUGUCCUGCAAAGGCUAUCCAGGCAUGAUGUUGGUGGCACUCGUUGUGUGCAAAUACGGAAUUGGUUUGACUAUCGUAAUCAUAUUUGUAUUGUAUUUGAGAAGCUUGGACCAAGCUUAUACGAUUUUCUUCGCAAAAAUAGCUACCGUUCUUUUCCCAUUGAUCUUGUUCGCGAGCUUGGAAGACAACUUUUGGAGUCUGUAGCAUUUAUGCAUGAUUUGCGCCUGAUUCACACUGAUUUGAAGCCAGAAAAUAUUCUUCUUGUUUCUUCUGAGUAUAUAAAAGUGCCAGACUAUAAGUUUCUAUCACGACCUGCAAAAGAUGGUUCCUAUUUCAAGAACCUGCCCAAGUCAAGUGCCAUUAAACUCAUUGAUUUUGGGAGCACAACAUUUGAACAUCAAGAUCAUAGUUAUGUGGUAUCAACACGCCAUUAUCGUGCUCCUGAGGUUAUACUGGGUCUUGGAUGGAACUACCCUUGCGAUUUAUGGAGUGUGGGUUGCAUACUUGUCGAACUUUGCUCUGGUGAGGCCCUUUUUCAGACACAUGAAAACCUGGAGCAUCUUGCCAUGAUGGAGAGGGUUUUGGGGCCACUGCCUCAACAUAUGGUGCUUAGAUCAGACCGACGGGCAGAAAAAUAUUUUAGACGGGGUGCAAGGUUGGACUGGCCAGAUGGUGCAACUUCAAGAGAAAGCAUGAAAGCAGUUUGGAAAUUGCCCCGCCUGCCAAACCUAAUAAUGCAGCACGUCGAUCACUCUGGUGGUGACUUGAUUGAUCUAUUGCAAGGGCUCUUACGGUAUGAACCAACAGAGCGACUGAAGGCAAGGGAAGCACUAAGACAUCCCUUUUUUACAAGAGAUAUUAGAAGGGGUGGCUAUCAUUUGUAAAGCCUUCCUUCAUAUCCUCAGUAUUGAUGAGACCAGCAUAAGCUUUCCGCAAGUUGGAGAUGAGGAAUUGAUGAAUGUUUAGACUUGUUGCGUUUCCCUUCUGUUGGUGUCUUUGAUUGUAAGAUUACACAUGUAUAGUGAAAGAUAUACCCUCCCUUUUUAUCAUAUUUUCCAUUUAUUUCCAAGUUCUCUUCUCUUUUUGAUUCGGGAUACCAACGAAGCUAUAUUCUCAAGAUAAUAUCUCGUUUGUUCUGUAAUAUUUAUUACUUUUAACAAAAUCGGAUAGCAAAGUUGUUA